AUGGUGCGUCAGCUGCACGACGGUAUGGUGGCGCGAGUCACUGACAACGGAGCUGUCUCAGACGCAUUCGCAGUGACCAAUGGAGUGGAGCAGGGCUGCGAACUGGCGCCUACCCUCUUCAGUCUUAUGUUCUCUGCCAUGCUGAUGGACGCCUACCGCGACGAACGCCCUGGAAUCCGCAUCGCCUACAGAACGGACGGUCACCUGCUGAAUCAACGGCGGAUGCACUUCCAAUCGCGUGUAUCCACAGCCACCGUGCACGAACUCCUCUUCGCCGACGACUGCGCCCUGAACACCACCUCGGAAGAGGAGAUGCAACGGAACAUGGAUCUAUUCUCCGCCGCCUGCGAGAACUUCGGUCUGGUCAUCAACACGCAGAAGACGGUGGUGAUGCACCAACCGCCGCCCAACUCAUCCACAAGCCCCAACGCGCCGCCGGAAAUCAGCGUGAACGGAAAUCAACUGCAAGUGGUGGAGAACUUCCCGUAUCUGGGCAGUACCCUCUCUCGCAACACCAAGAUUGAUGACGAAGUCGCCAACAGGAUCUCGAAAGCCUGUCAAGCCUUCCGUCGUCUCCGAAGCACAGUUUGGAAUCGCCACGGUCUCCAACUGAUCAGGAAGCUGAAGACGUACAAGGCCGUCAUCCUGCCGACGUUACUGUACGGAGCAGAGACAUGGACGGUGUACACGAGACAGGCACGCCGACUGAACCACUUCCACCUCACUUGUCUCCGUCGCAUCCUGAGGCUGAACUGGCGGGAUCGAAUCCCCGACACGGAAGUACUGGAACGAACGGGAAUCCUCAGCAUCUACUCCAUGUUGAGACAAAUGCAGCUGCGCUGGAGCGGCCACCUGGUGCGCAUGGACGACGAACGGCUACCCAGACGACUCUUCUACGGAGACGUCGCGACGGGUUCUCGUCGUCAAGGAGGACAAAUUCGCCGUUACAAGGAUACCCUGAAGUCCUCCCUGAGGCGCCUGCAAAUCAACCCGACCAACUGGGAAGGGCUUGCUCGCGAUCUUCCGACAUGGAGGAGAACAGUGGAGACGGGCGCUGCUAUCUAUGAAGCCAACCGCAUCGCCGCCUCCAAAGCGAAACGUGAAGCCCGCAAAUCACAACUUCGCCCAGUCAGCAACGCCGCCGCACAACCGCUUUCAACGUGUCCUCGAUGUCAGCGGACAUUCCGGGCUCGAAUCGGACUUGUUGGACAUCUCCGAACCAACUGCACCUCUCAAACUGCUCCAGCCAUCGUCCCCCCGCCCGCCUCUUCCUCCUCUCUUCCGCCAACUAA